UGUUCGUGUGGGUGGCUGACUGUAACUCAGACUUUUAUUUUUUGUUUCACUACUCGGAUCUCUUGUCAAUCUUUGCUCCAGCUUGUUCCUCUCUCUCUCUCUCUCUCUCUCUCUCUCUCUCUCUCUCUCUCUCUCUCUCUCUCUCUCUCUCUCUCUCAUCAGGUCGACCCAUGAGCGGAUGAUUCACACCAACGAAACUUGAGAGAAGAUUCAGCUCUUCAGUGUUGACUUCCACCCAGUGUCGUAAUUCAAGUCUUUAUCGUCCACAGACCACGAACAAUGAGACUGCUGCUGCCCUGUGUUCUCCUGACAGUCGGCCUGGUCACAGGCUACCGCAGCCCGCUGAAUGACUUCCAGCGCUCUGAGGGCAGGGAGCUGGUCGCGACCCCCUGGAACGCAGCCCGAGUGCUGCUGUUACCGGGCCUGAACCUGGAGGACUGUGCCACUCGCUGCUCACAGUCUCUGGACUGCAGAGCGUUUAACUAUGAGACUCGUCCGACUGUCACCUGUAAACACCUGCCCUGGGUGGGUGAUGGGAGCAACGCAGAGGUGAAGAGAAACGUCAACUGUGACCUUUAUGAGAAGAAAGUGUAUGUCAGAAAGUGCAUCGUGGGUAAAGGAGAAGACUACAGAGGGAAAGUCUUCACCACGAGAAGCGGACUCACCUGCCAGCAGUGGUGGUCCAAGUUUCCUCACGAUCACAGGUGGAUUCCAACAGCGACGAAUGGUCUGGAGCUGAACUACUGCAGGAAUCCAGAUGGGGACCGGAUCGGUCCGUGGUGCUACACCACCGACCCCGAGCGACGUUACGAGAGCUGCAACAUACCGCAGUGCAAAGAUGAGGUUUGUAUCACAUGUAACGGAGAGGACUACCGAGGGCAGGUCGACCACACCGUGAGCGGCAGAGAGUGUCAGAGAUGGGACCAGCAGUAUCCUCACCAACACAUCUACCAGCCUGAAAAGUAUCCCGAUAAAAGUUUAGAUGAUAAUUACUGCCGUAACCCCGACGCUUCUCCGGUGCCCUGGUGCUACACCACAGACACCGAGAUGGAGAGGGAGAACUGUGAGAUCAGCAAGUGCACCGAGGUGCAGGUUGAGAAACGCCAGCGCUCCAGCUUCACCACCAACUGUUUCCGUGGGCGCGGCGAGGAUUACCGCGGCAAAGUCAACGAGACCACGUCAGGCAUCCCCUGUCAGCGGUGGGACGCCCAGGAGCCUCAUGAGCAUCCCUUCUACCCAAACACAUACGAAUGCAAGGGUUUGGAGGAGAACUACUGUCGUAACCCAGAUGGGUCGGAGGCUCCCUGGUGCUUCACAUCUGUGCCAGAGAUGAGGACUGCUCUCUGCUUACAGAUCAAACGCUGUGCAGACGACAUCGAGGCUGAAGAUUGCUACCACGAAAAUGGAAGAAACUACCGAGGCAUGGUCCGCAAAACUCGUAAGGGGAUCACCUGCCAGAAAUGGAACGUUAACACACCUCACAGGACCAAGAUAAACCCAUGGACGCAUCCUGAGGCCAAUCUGACUGAGAACUACUGCCGUAACCCAGAUGGGGACCAGCAUGGACCCUGGUGCUACACCACUGAUCCCAAAACUGAGUUUGACUACUGUGCCAUCAAACAGUGCGCUGGAGAGAAAGUGUCCAUGACUGAGCCAGUAGAGAGGGUGGAAUUCAGCGAGUGCGGGAAGAGAGAUGACCGCACCCCGAAGACACGGUUACGUAUCGUGAAUGGGAUUCCCGGUAACUCGCCGUGGACAGUGAGCCUCAGAGACAGGAAAGGAAACCAUUUCUGUGGAGGAUCCCUGGUUAACCCCAGAUGGGUGAUCAGCACCAAGCAGUGUUUCUCCUCCUGCUACGUGGACCUGCCCGGAUAUUCUGCCAUGAUGGGAACCCUGUUUCGUGAUCCUCAGGAGGGAGAGCCGGGCGUUCAGACCAUCCCUCUCACCAAGAUCGUCUGUGGACCCUCGGAGUCCCAGCUGGUCAUGCUACAACUGGAAUACCCUGCACAGUUUAAUGAGCGUGUCUCUCAGAUCUGCCUCCCUCCUGAGCGUUACAUUGUGGCUGAGGGGACGGGCUGUGAGAUCGCAGGAUGGGGUGAGACAAGAGGGACUGGAGAUGAGACUGUCCUCAACGUGGCCCACAUACCAGUUAUCAGUAACAAGGAAUGUAACAAUUACUUCAGGGGUCGCGUGCGUGAGAAUGAGAUGUGCACGAACUCUUUCCAGGCCGGGAUAGGAGCCUGUGAGAGAGACUACGGCGGCCCUCUGGCAUGUCAGAACAGGGACUGCUGGGUACUCGAGGGUGUGAUCAUCCCCAUGAGGCGCUGCGGACACCCGGGGCAGCCCAACAUCUUCAUCAGGGUCUCUGUCUACGUGGACUGGAUCAAGAAGGUCAUGGAGAUGGCUUAGAGACACAUGCUGACCAGGGACUGAUCAAAUCUGCUCUCCAAGCCCUCAAGACCUGUCAUCCACUUAACCCUAUGCAUUUUUGUCUUCUCAGAUGCCUGUUUUAAAUGAAAUGAAAGUUUAUCAUAAGCAAGAUGUUCAGCUUCUUAUUCAGGGUAAAAUGCAAAGUAAUUUGUUUGUGGUGCUUCUGUGUAAAUGUAUUUUUUUUUGUGUGUGUGAAUCAUUCUGGCCAGAGUAGCUCACUUUUAAGUGCAUCAGCAGAGGCACCCUUUGCAAGCAGCCAAACUCCAGUGGACGGACGAAGCAGAAAACAUUUGUACUCCAGAAUCACACUUAAAGCCCUAUCCACACGCACACAAUUGUUACUUAAAAAAAAGCUUUUGUUUCAGCAUUUCGUACUCAUGUAAACGGAUUUUUCAGGCCACUGAAAGCAGAGGUUUUGGAAAACUUCUUCCAGUUUGAAAGAUACUCAGAAACCGUUUACAUCAGGACAGACAGAAACUGAGAUUUUGGGAAAACGAUAAUAAACAGGCACACAUGGAUCAUAUGAUUGGUCAGCAUGGGACGGAAUGGAUGCCGCGUUUUUUUAACGUAUAUUUACAAAGACACAAAUGGACGCUGAUAAACAGACAAAGACAAAAACGGCUGCUCGCAACGUUUUGCUGACAAAUGAUCUGAGAGGAGUCUGUGGAGAGCAGUCACGUUUCCCCUGCCUCGUUCGUAGUAUUUUCUGUUGCUAAGCAACCGACCAGAGUAAACAGUCUCCUUCCUGAAGGUUUCUUCAGGUGUGUUGUAUGGGUGGAGGUUAUUUUUUUAAAAUCUCAGUGUUCGUGUGCACAAGGCCUGAGAUGCAAAACAAUGCAGAAAGGAAAGUUAUUUUCGGCCAACACUUUUCCUCCAUAAUUUAGCAUUUAUAAGCAGUUUAUAAACAAUUAGUAAAUGUUUUUUAAAAGAAAAACAUUUUAAAGUGUUUAUAAAUAUACAUUAUUUGUCAACAGUUGUACCUUCUCCUACAGCGACAUAUUACCAUUUUGUUAUAUCAUACUUUCAUUCAUUAUCCAUGUGGACACCAGCCUCCACCAGGAGGAGAUAUAGCUGUUGACAAAUACAUUAAUACUCACAGUUUUUCUUAUUAUUACAUCAUAAUGCAAAUUAAAGAAUUAAAUGUUUACAAAGUGCUUAUAAAUGCUAAAGAGAGGGACCUAAUUUUUUUUUUCUUUUUGCAUUUACCAAGAGCUUAUUGUAGCCUCUCAGGUUCAGAGGAGAAUGACUGGAGCCAAGUAACCUCCAAGAACAGGAGGUGUUGGGGGGGUUUACGGCACACACUUUCCUCUCCUCUCCUCUCCUCUCCUCUCCUCUCCUCUCCUCUCCCCUCCUCUCUCCCUGGCAUUGAAUGGAGCUCCGAAAAUACCUUCUUUGCCCCCAGCCUCUAAAGAAAUCCCUCCUCUGCCUGUCUUUUGAUGCCUGCCCCCACCUCUAAAGACAUGCCUUUGUGCCUUAUGCAGAACUGUAUGCGCUGCACAUUCUUUCUAGUUCUAUAGGAGGAUUUUUGUAACCCGGUCCUGAUGAGCCCACGGAAUUCAGCUUAAAUAAACCUCAAGAUCAGAGUCCAACCGAAUCUCAGACACACCAGCCUGCAGAAGGCCACUGAACUCUCUCUCUCUCUCUCUCUCUCUCUCUCUCUCUCUCUCACACACACACACACACACACACUAUUUCUCUCUCAUGCACCCCCCCCCCAUUCUCUCUGUUUCUGUCUGUCUUCACACCAACAUUUCUUCUUUUGUCUGGACAAUCGGGAGACAUUGACGUUAAUCUUUGUUUUUUGCAGUAAUAGGACUGAAAUUGUAGAACAUGUUCCUUCAAGCUAACGACGGCCAAUUAUGCUCCUGCUGCAGCACAGUGUCUGAAAAAAAGAUGGCAGGUUGACAGUUGCGACUCUCAUUCUGCUCACUUUCAUUUGGUAAUAUUUAUAGUGGAUGACUAAUCAGAUUCAUAAAUGACUACCAGUUCUCAGCAACUGUUGCUUCUGAGAAACCUGACUAAAAUGUUCAAUAAACGAUGCCACACAGAUAUGCAAA